AAACCAAAAUUUUCUUUUAUUCGAUUAAUAGACGAAUUCCUUUGGAAAAUUGUAUUUGUAAAAUUCCAGUAUAGUUCCAGCGAAAAUGACAAUGCAAAGAGUCACAUCUUUAAGUUAGAAGUUAUGUCCGGUCACGGAAGGUCAGUAUUCUUGAACUCAUGUGUCAAGAAACCUUUAAAUCCGAGAAACAGACACCCGAAUCCAUCAUAUCUAGUGCCACAGUGCAGCCUGGACCGUGGCCUAGACGAUCCUCAAGUGCAAGAGAACAUGAAUGCUAUUACACGCAAAAAGGCUACCAACAAGUGCCCGUUGGCUCGUACAGGGCACCAACGAAAAACCAAGUGCUGCUCGAUUACUCAUCAACUACGGAAGGAAGCUGACAAUUUCCAAUCACUGGUCCAAUUCUACGAUAGCAUCCCGGACUAUAGCGAUUUGAAUCAUCUUCCAAAUGAAGAAUUUUAUUGCAAGCUAGACACGCUUCGUCGGAAGCAUCGUGAGCUUCGAUUCAGUUGUGCUGACGGGUUUGAACCAGUACGCACAAAUGUGAUAAAGACGCCAGUAUCUGAAUCUGUAAAGUCAUCGAUCGCUAGAAAAACCAGUGAAGACAAUGAAUCGCUUCAUUCAUGGAGUAAAUCCCCAUCAGUAAAUUGCGGUAUUCUAAACUCAAAUCGCAAAGGUUUGCCUAAAUCGGUGCGAAUAGAGGAUACAAAACACGAUGAUGACGACGGUGAGACGACGGAAGGUAGAAUUUCCCAUAGGAAAUUUCGUGCGGGAACUCCAUUCGCUUCUGAUCAAGAGGAGAGUACGAGGAAUGCUUCUACGUGUACAACCCCAAUGAAUUCAGAUUUCAUCGAACGCUACGAUCGGUACGUGAAGAAAAGUCUUCGCAGUAAGUCUGCCUCUCCAAUCCGAGAUUAUUCCAAAAUAACCAUUCCACAACCGUACAAAAUGACCCAACGUGAUGAAGAGGAACGUGUGCUUCAAGAGCUACUAAUAACCAGCAAGAACGCAUUCCCAUCCAAAGAAGACCUUGAUAAGCCGCCACCGCCACAGAUCAAAGCCAACCCAGUUCCAAUAACUUCUCGCAUUCCUCUUUUCGAUACUAUCAUGGCUGAUCAGGAAUACCGGAACCGUUUAGCGAAACUUAACUCGGAAAUUGAGCUCCAACAACAGAUGAAGCCAUUCCAUUUCAGCGAACGCCUCAAUCGUCCCAACAGUCGUUGCCUGAGUAGAAGUCUAUCUUCACCGGCUCUACUGACGAGCAGUAUGUCGACAUUCAAAGCAAAACCUUGUCCAAAAAAUCUGUUUAGCAAUUAUUUUUACCUGAAAAUGUGGGAGGAAGAAUACUUCCGUGGUAUGAAUAAACGGAUACGGGCGGAAGAAUUGAUGAAGCAUGCAUCGCUACCGCCAUCGAUGGCACGUCGGGAACGGGCACUGCACAAGAACUCUUCUCUUGGACAAACGGAUGCAGUCGAUGUUGCCAAGAAAAAUAAACGGAAGCGCAAACAGAAGCGCAGUGCCAAACGAAAAAAGAACGUCGAGGAGCGGUGUUCGGAAUUCUUCAGUCGAAUCAACGAAACCACGCCCGAAGUCCGACCGAAGACCGUCAAGCCCCUGUAUCCUUCAAGUAACUCCAGCUACGGCACUACCGGAGACACAAACCCAGCCGCCAGUGAUGCGACUCCGAUUUACCCUGUCAACCGGCCGAAUCUGGCGGCAACACUUCGUACUGAGUGGUGCCGAAAAAAACUUCGCAAUAUGGAACUCGAUGAUGCCGCUGGAAAUCUGAAGAAGUCACCGAAAUUUGAAUGGGGUGUUAAGAAAAGUCAGGCAUUUCAGAACUUGAAUCUUGACACCAGCCACCAGGAGGAGUUAAACUUGAGAUUGGCGACACGGCGAGCAGAGCAACGACUUCGUCAAGAGGAGCAUGCGAUAAACAUGGAACUAAUGCGGCAACGUGUCAAGGCGGCACCUUUACUGCUGGAAGGUCCACCUCAAUGGGGCCCUCGGUUGGGGCACGUAACACAUCGUUGCUUAACCAGUGCUAAACAUGAUUCACCGUUUCAUAAGUCGAACAGAACGAAGAAAUUUUCAACCGGUGGUGGAAGACCGGACUCCUCGAGUGAUCACCGAAACGAGCGCUCCAAUGAGAAACGUCGUAACUCCAGCGGGAGCAAGAUAAGCAACUUUUCACUGGACUCUUACGGCCAUAGUAGUUCCAAAGCCUGUGAGAGUGAAGUACUCGGCAAGAUGGACAAUGAUUUGGAAAGUUUAACCGAUGGCGUUUAAUGCUGCAACUCGUAUUGGUGCAAACAAUCAAAAUGCUUUGGUUUCGGUGCAAUCUGCUGUAUUUUGUAAAAAUAUAGAAAAACA